GUCUUGUCUCUUUCAGCCGUUCCCGACAGUGAGCGGCCGCGGUACAGGACAGCCUAUGCGUGCGAAGGGUCCACACUCAAUAUGGACUGCGAUCCGGGCCAUGUAAUCAACCUUAUCCGAGCCAACUACGGCCGCUUCAGCAUCACCAUCUGUAAUGAGCAUGGCAACACCGAAUGGUCCGUCAACUGCAUGAGUCCGCGCUCCCACAGAGUCCUGCAUGAUAAGUGCAGUCAGCGGCAGAACUGCAGCGUCGCAGCCUCCACGCGGGGCUUCGGCGACCCCUGCCCGGGAACACUCAAGUAUUUAGAGGCGCACUUUCAAUGUGUCCCAGUGAACCCGCCCUCACACACCGCCCGGCCCCGCCCGCCCUGGUUCAUCGCCACCGUCAGCUCCAUCACGGAGGACGACCCCCCGAUCCCAUCCCCCCCGGCCAAGGGAGGACCAGGCGGGGCAGGCAGCGGGGGAGGAGCAGGCGUCGGUACCCAGGUGAACGACGACAGGGAGGCGGGAGAGCGGGAAGGCGGCGGGAGGAAAGGUGGGACGGGAGGUGGUAGCGGUUCAGGGGACGACACUGGAUUGAACUUUGAGAACCGCGUGAAGGGAACCCCAAUAGAGGACCUGCCGCAGUCCACCACAUCCUCCACCACCACCACAACGCUGCGUCCACCGCCAUGGCUCAUCACCAACACCACCAAGAACACCACGACCUCCACGACUACUACUACCACCACCACGACUACCUCCACGACCAUCAAGCCUGCCUCCUCCUCCACGACCACCACCAAUGCGCCGCAGACUAAUCUCAACGCGCCCUCGGGGUCUGGGGGCGCGGGAGGGGAGAGCGAGGGCGGCCCGAGCGGGGAUGAGGCGCCGACUAACCCUGGAGUCAAGAGCCCUGAGAACCCUGACAAGGAAAUCUUCGCUACGUCCACUGUCUCCACUACAACCGUGUGGUCGCCGAGGGCCGAGGUGCCGUCCACCGGCAGCGGCCCCAUGGGCAGCGAGGUGUCCUGGUGCCCGCCCACCUCGGGCCGCGGCCUUAUCUGGAACUGGACUCAGGGCGGCGAAACGGCCGUGCAGCCUUGCCCCGGGGGAGCCUCGGGGUGGGCGCGGCGGCCCUGCGACCCCAUGGGGCUGGCGGGCGCCGCGGACCUGAGUGAGUGCCGCAGCAUGUGGCUUUCUACGCUUACCUCGCGGGCACACAUCGACGACGCCGUGCUGGCCGUGUCACAUGACUUGGCCAGUGUGACGGCCUCCAGGGCGUUGUACGGCGGCGACGUGACGGCCACGGCGCGUAUCCUCAACAGCCUGGCACGGCGCAUGGCCAACGACGUCAACGACUUCCCCGACAUCAACCAGCGUGAGGCGAUGGUGACGGAGCUGGUGAGCACCGCCGUGGCCACAGGCUCCAACCUGAUGGGCGGCCAGCAGGCGGCGUGGGCGGACCUGCGGCCUCUGGAGCACCGAGCGGCGGCCACCUCCCUGCUGCUGGGGCUGGAGGAGACCGCCUUCCUGCUGGCCAACAACCUGCACCACGAGAAGACUGUCAGGCACGCCGAGGCCAACAUCCUGUUGAGGCUUCAAGUGAUGGAGACCAGAAACGUGGAGGCUGUUACCUUCCCAUCACCUGGGGAAACCUGGCUGACUGACAAACCAACUCCGUCCAGUGAUCCCGCCUCGACCCCCUCUGAGCACGAUCCCUUGACCACCACGGGGGAGCAGGACGCCUCGCAAUCCUACCCGAGUGAAGACAUCCUACAGGACCUCUCUGGGGAUGCCUCGAAGGUCCCGCAGGAUACCAUUACCUUACCCCCGGAGGCUCUGCUUGAAAACUCAGAGAACGGGUUGGUGAAGAUGGUGUUUUUCAGCUAUGAUGGGCUGCACUACCUCCUCCAGCCUGAUGACCGCGCCUACACCACCAGCGAGGCCAAUUUCAAGGGCGUGAACGAGACUCGGGUGCUCAACUCCCGGGUCCUGUCUGCUUCCCUUGGUGCGGGGCGUCACAUCGAGCUGUCGGAACCUGUCGUCCUGACCUUCACGAUGCUGAGGACUGUGAAUGUGACCAACCCCGCCUGCGUCUUCUGGGAUUACACCACCAGCUCCUGGUCUGAGGAAGGGUGUCGCGUCCUGCGCUACAACACCACCCAUACGAUAUGUGAGUGUGACCACCUCACCAACUUCGCCGUGCUGAUGGACGUCCACGCCACGCCCCUGAGCUACCCGCAUCACCUCGCCCUGUCCAUCAUCACCUACGUGGGCUGCGUCAUCUCCAUCGUGUGUCUGCUGCUGGCCACCAUUGUCUUUCACGCCUUCAGGGGCCUCAAGAGCGAUCGCACCACCAUCCAUAAGAACCUGUGUGUGUGUCUGCUGAUCGCGGAGACGGUUUUCCUUGCGGGCAUCAACCAGACGGACAAACCAGUGGUGUGCGGGGUGGUUGCUGGACUCCUGCACUUCUUCUUCCUCGCUGCCUUCGCCUGGAUGUUCAUGGAAGGGUUCCAGCUGUACGUGAUGCUGGUGGAGGUAUUUGAGGCGGAGAAACCAAGGGCACGGUGGUACUACGCGGCCGCUUAUGGCUUCCCCGCGAUAGUGGUGGCCGUUAGCGCCGUGGUGGACCCCUUCAGCUAUGGCACGAAGGAGGUUUGUUGGCUUCGCACCGACAACUACUUCAUCUUCGCCUUCGUCGGCCCCGUCAUCGCCGUCAUUAUCGCCAACUCCGUGUUUCUGAGCAUGUCCUUGUUCAUCAUGUGCCGCCACGCCAACCUCUCCAGCUCCCUCAAGAACAAGGAACACACCAAGCUGGCCUCCGUCAGAGGAAGACAGGAGAAUGCCCUCUUCGCCAGAAUCAAGAGUCACGUGACUUGGGUUCGUGGUGCUGUGGUGCUGAUGGUCCUGCUUGGCCUCACAUGGACUUUUGGAUUGCUGUACCUCAACCAGGCGUCAAUGGUGAUGGCGUACAUCUUCACCAUUUUCAACUCUCUCCAGGGACUCUUCAUCUUUAUCUUCCACUGUGUCCAGAAUGAUAAGGUGAAGAAGGAGUUGCGUAGGGCAGGGCGACGCCACCCAUGGCUGCGGGCGUGUCUCUGUGCCGCUGCCGACCGCACUCAGGCCAGCAAGGACACCCGCUCCUCCUCCCACAAUGUUGGCCCACACUCACAGCCCAACUCGCACGCCUCUCACACACUUGUGCCACGACUGACAUCAGGUCGUUGGACACGGGGGGGCAGCAAGGGCAGCACGACAACCUCCUCCUCCCAGGCGGGGGCAGUGCCCCAGUUGCCGGCCACUGCGGGGCCGCUAAGGGCGGGCUCCCUGUCCAGGGGGUCCCUCAACCGCACCCCUCAGAGGAACAGCAACAACCGCUUGGCUCGCCAGCACCACACUCUUCAUGCUCGCACCGCAGCGCACGACCACGAAGAUGAGAAGUACUCGUUUAAGUCCUGUGGACGGGACAGUGGACAUGGAGGCUCUGAGCAGGAGGACUCCCCCCGUAGUGGCCCCGCCCCCAAGCUGUCCUCCCUGCGCCUCAACAACAACGUGGUGCCUCAUCUCACCCAGGACCACCUCGUCAACCCCUUCACCACUGCCAGCUCCACCACCACCACAGCCGGCGGCGGUGUCAACAACGGUAGCCACAGCCAGACGCCCCCAGGACCCGAGGCUCUGCUGCCUGACUACCGCCUGGCAGGGGACGCCCCAACCCUGCGGCUGCCCUGCUCCACCGCCGCAUCCCGCGGCCACCGUACCCACUCCCCCUGGAACCACACCUACACAGAGAUCCCCGAUGGGGUGGCUGCCGCCCGCCAGGCUCCCAUGGAGGGUGGGGCGGACCCUGUGUAUGAGGAGAUAGAGCGAGAGGGCCGCUCAGAGCUCCAGGUGAGCGACCUGAGUGAUGAGGACGGCCGCCGCCACAGCUCAGACAUCUCCCGCCAGUCGUCCCGCAGCUACGGUGACCACCGACCCCUGCUGCCCUACACCCUGCCCGACCAGCACUCCGCCCCCCACCACCACCAGCCCCAGUAUGACCCACGCCUCAAGGGCCGCCUGCGCCACCAGGACGGCAUGGUUCUGGACAACCCCCACUCCCACACCCUGCCUGGGGGCCAUCUGGGGCUGGGGGGACAGCUGGACCACACCAUAGUCAGUCCUGGCCACAUCCUCCCCAUGACCCACGCCGCCAUCACCUCGGCCCACGCUCUGCCUCAUGGAAACGGCCACAUUGCCUCCCAGCAGUACCUGGACGGUGGGCCUCACCUGGUGAACAGUGGACAGUUAGUUGAAUCAGUCCCUCAGUACAGUCAGGCCAUGCUAGCCACACUGGGACAGGCCCUCCCGGUGGUCCACCCUCUCAGCGAACCAAACCUGCGCAAUUGGGAGGCAGCACAGCGGCACCGGGACCUGCAGCAGCUGCAGCAGCUGGGUGAAAUGACAGUGGCGGUGCUGAGUGGUGAGCAGGUGGUGUGCAAGCUGAAGCCUCCGUUGGCUCCCAUUGACGAGAACACAGGGACCGCCCAGGUGGAGCGACACCCUCCUCCCCCAACGUACAGCCACUGCUAGGGCCUCUGUAUAGUCAUAGUUGUGUACAUAUGUGUAUAGUGCUUUAAAACCCAUUAAAGGCCUUUAUGCUUCAUGAAUGUAAGUGUGUGCAAGUGACAAAUCAUACUCAUGAUAAUCAUUGCAAUGGAUAAUUUACAUCUAGGUACGUAUCGAUAAUCAUGUGGAUCUGAGUGUUGCAAAUUCCCUUGAGGACACAGCGUGCGUGACUUGAGCGAGGAGCCACAAGCCCACCACCCUAGUCAGACCUUCAGCAGGAGGACUCCGCCACCAAGCACAAGGGAAGACAAGGAAAACGCCAAUAUUUUCUGCACCUUUUGACUGGGUUGUGAUAAGCCCUUCUCAUGUAAAUACUAGAACAGUUUCAUAAAAAAAAACGAAGUGUUCAGAAAAUACAUGUAGUAAUGGACAUGGUAAUAGCAAGUGACUAUGGUUGUGAGGAUUUGCCAAGAUCCUGCCAGUGACUCCUUCUGCUGGGGACCCCAACCUGCCAGGACCACUACGGACAGGAGGCCUCAUGUGGGUGGCAGUGGUUCCGUUGCGUGGAUGUAUUUAUUGCACAUUUUAUGAAAGUAAUGUUGUAGAUAGGCACAGUAAGAACACUAAAGUAAACACUAAAAUUACAUUGAUCAAGUUUCUCUUAGUGACAAUUGGAACAAGUGUAAGGAAUUAAAUUUUGAAGCAAUACAGUAAAGCAGUGAUGCGGCUGAGCACAUUAUUAGACGUGGUUUUCUGACAUUUUGAGUUUGGCAUGGAGUGAGUCGCCCAAGUUCAGGCAUUUGGGUAGCUGCCCAGAAUCUUCCGAACACACACAAAGAAACAUAUAGUGUCGUAAGAAGUGGAUCAUUGAAACCUCAGCCGGUGCAUAUUUCCUUUCCUUUUUUUUCUGGUGUUUUCAAAGUGGGAGAGGUGAAGCCUGGCACCAAACACCUGAGCUUGGCGUGAGUCAGUUCGUGCGUCAUUCCCACAUCUGUAAUUUGCUGCCUGACCAAGCAACAUUCUCAAGGAUCUGUCCCGUUCACGAAUCCUAACCGUGUUUGUAUUUUUUGCUUCUCAGUUGUGCAGUUUUUUCUUUCAUAAGUGUUUUCCAUUUUUUUAUAUCCUAACAUUACCUAAAAACAUAAUUUGUAAUGCAUUAGAUGUCACUCCUUAGGCAUAUGUUGUUACAGUCUUGCUUUGUUCUUUUUUUUACUGGCACUUGUCGCUUACAGAGUUGUAGCAAUAAUGUGUUUUCUCCUCACUCGCGCAGAGACCCACCACCACCACCACCACCACCUGAUGUGAGGUUCUUGCUCUAGUUUCAAGUAUCAACAGUACUUUAGUUAGUCAGCCAGAAGUGCUCUGUUGAUAUGAGUCGAAAAAAUACCAGAGAUGGCAACUAAAUUUUUAGGUCUAACAUGUAAAGAAUUCAUGAAAUACCUGGUGACUAAUAAAACAGGACAUAGGUAUACGAUACACACACACACACACACACACACACACACACACACACACACACACACACACACACACACACACACACACACACACACACACACACACCUAAUCCACAAAUCCCAAGAACAGUAUUUUGUUCCUAAUCAAAGAUGAGGUCUAAUCUUGCGUGUGUAGCCACAAGAGGAACUGAAACCCAGGAUGCUAAAAGUGUCCAUCUUAAACUUACAGUAAAAGCAAAACUUCCACUGGCUUAACAUAUAUCUGUGCCUCUCUCAUGUGUAGUCAUUGUAUAGACUCAACUCUGUUUUGUAAUAUUUUGUAUGUAAACUGUGAUACAUGUAUUAAAUGAACAAGAAUCUAUCGCCAAAUUGAUAUCAAAUAAAUUAUUGUGAAAUGUUUCAUACCAUAA